CAAAUUCACAUUUUAUCAUAUGGGCUAAUUUCACUCAUCUUUGAUUUUGUCACGUGUGAUGAUUGUGAAACCACUGUGCGCAUAUCAGACUAAUAAUGCGUAACAGUUGUCCCACAACCCACUUUUUUGCGAUCAUAUUUUUUUCUUUUUAUUACAGCAAUAUGGCAAGUUUUCGUUGCAAACUUUGUUUUAAAGAUUUUACAACUCUUCAAAAAUUACUUACUCAUGAAAGAAACAAACAUAGACAUAAUAAAAUGGUACCCCAUUUUUACUCGCUUGUUCAACCCUCUUCAGAGCAAAUGUCUUAUUACAUUAAUUCUUUCAUAGUUCUUGUUAAAAAAAGACUUGGUUUUUCCAGACACGCUGUUGGAAAAAAACGUUUAUCAAUCGAAACCUUUCCAGAACAUGUGUUUGUAUAUUUUUUUAAAGAUGAAGAGACGUUCAAAUAUAGCCCUGCUAGACAUAAAUAUCAAUGUCAUUUUGAAGGAUUUGCGGGAGCAACUAGACUAAAACAAAUAUUUUUCUAUGAUUAUUGGGAUUUUCGACAACACCCUCUUACUAAUACUAAGGGUUAUGUUUUACUUGAAGACUAUGAAAAUAAAUAUCAAGUUAAAUUUACGUGGAAUCAAACAAUUUUGACAGAAAAUAACAGGGAGUUCGUGUUGGGAAGAAUGUCUUGUAAUUUUGUUACUGAUUCUGGAGAAUUUCAAGAAAAGUAA